AUGCCUACCACAGUUUCUUCGCGAAGUCCAGAAGCACUUCUUUCUUUUACCACGAAUACAGCCACAUCGUUAUUACCCUGUUCGACAAAGAUAAAAAAAGCACCCGUCCAUAAAUUAAAUACAAAGGGACACCUACCACCCUUAAAUGAAUUUAUAGCAACGGUAUUUAAACGAUCUAAGCUCUCACCGUGCGUGUGUUUAGUAUCGUUAAUUUAUUUACAACGCCUCAAGACGAGUUUACCUAGUCAUGCUCGUGGGGACGUGGAUACACCUUACCGACUGUUCCUGGCAGCUAUCUUGACCGCCUCCAAGUUCUUAUCGGAGACGGGUACCUGUUUAACGAGCCAAGCCAUUGUGGUCAUGACAGACCAUGUCUAUACACCCAAGGAUGUCAAUCUCAUGGAACGAAGCUUUCUGGGUUUGAUUAAAUAUAAUUUGUUUGUGAAUGUGGAAGGAAUUAAAGACUAUUUGGAUAUCCAUGGCAAAACAUUGGAAAUGGAUCUAGUAGAAGAAGUUCUGGACCAACAACAGCGAAUUGUAAAACCUUAA